GUCCUAUGGAAAAUUUUGUAAGCAUAUUUUCUGCUAGAACAGCUGUUGGGCAUGAUAAAGAUGGAAAUGUUGUAUUUCUUCAAAUUGAUGGGAAAUCCAACAUAGAUGGCAAAGGGCUUUUGGAGCCAGGUCCAAGAUGUUCCGAUGAUGCUGUUCAAAAGCAAACUGAAAAGGUAAAUUUGCAUGACAUGGAAGUACUUCUGAAAGAGUUUGGGGUAGUAAAUGCUAUAAAUUUAGAUGGAGGAGGAUCCUCAACUCUUGUUAUAAAUGGUACUACAGCAAACUACCCAUAUGAUGAAUGUCCUAAUGAAUCAUUUUCUUGUGACCGCAAAGUCAGUACAGUUUUGUGUGUUCACGAACCUUACUGUGAUCCCAUUGAUUGUAAUCAUCAUGGUACAUGUACUAUGGGUAAAUGUGCAUGUGAAGAAAACUGGUUACCACCACGCUGUGAUAAACUCUUUUGUGGUGAAACUAACUGUUCAAAUAAUGGAAUCUGUUUGAGUGAAGGUUGUCAUUGCCAUCCAGGAUAUAUUGGAAAAGAAUGUAAUGAAACGUGUCCUGAAGGAUGGUUUGGUAGCAUGUGCAAAUCACGCUGCAAGUGUACAAACUCUGUGGGAUGUGAUCCUGUUUCAGGCACCUGUGUUUGUCAAAAAGGAUUUACUGGAGAAAUGUGUCAGCAAACUUGUCCUCCGGGAUUCUUUGGUAUCAAUUGCCAAUUUAAAUGUCAGUGCAAUAAUACAUGCUGUGAUCCCAUAAGAGGAUCUUGUAGUGUUCCUUACAAUUCCAGUAUUUACGGCUAUUCAAAAUGUAUAGCACAACUUAUUGUUGAUGAUCAGCAUUUAAUUAAGGAUAAUCCUAGUGAAAGAUG